CAAAUACCUGCCUUGUCUGAGCGGAGCGGCAUUUACUUUAUCUCAGUUAUAAAUAGUAUGUCGAGUAAAUUGACUGUUUGUGGUGUAUGUGAGUACCGUAACAUCAACAAACCCUCAGUGGUCUGGUGUUCAGAAUGUGACGAAGGACUUUGUGAAGAAUGUAAAGACCAUCAUGCAGCUUCAAAAGGGUCCCGAAACCAUGGUACUGUUCUAAUCUCCGAGUACCAGAAAUUGCCUUCAAGUAUAUUGGAAACUACCCAAACAUGUUCAAAACACGAUGACAAAUACGUUAUAUUUUGUAAGAAGCAUGAUACCCCAUGCUGCAGACGAUGUGUUACUGAAAACCAUAACGAAUGUAAAGAGAUAGAUGUAAUAGAUGACGUCAUCAAAAAUGUUAAAUCAUCAAAUGCAUUCUUGGAGAUAGAACAAAUACUGGCAGAACUUUCCGAAAAUUUGCAGCGAAUAAGAAAAGAUCGGCAAGAAAACAUGAAAAGUCUGAUGGAGAAUAGGGCAAAAAUAGAAAAAGAAGUUCAGAAGACACGAAGUUUGAUUGACAAUCAUCUAGAUAAGUUACAGGAAAGUCUGAUAAAAGAGUUGUAUGCCGCUGAGGAAACAGAAAGCACAAAAAUUAAAGACAUAAUAUCAGCCAUACAAGAGAAUGAAAGAAAGAUUUCAGAAAGCCAAACUACUUUUGAUAAGAUAAAACAGCAUGCUUCAGACCUGCAGACAUUCUUAGCUUUGAAACACUUCCAACGAGAUGUCAGGAACAACGAACAAUUUCUAGAAUCUUUAAUAAAGGGAGAUGAAAUGAACCAUGUAUCCAUAUCUUGGAAAAACGGAAAAGAUGUUGAGAUUUUACCUACCCAAAUCAAGAAUAUCGGAACCAUAAUACUGGAUACCAGGUCAAGUGAUACAACAUUGACAAACAGGAAGAACAAACAAGCACAGAUACUGAUGCAUAUUACACAUGUUCCUACAAUUGAGGAUAUCAGACUUACUUUAAGACAGACCGUGAAAACACUUGGAAAUGAUGUAAAUGGUUGCUCCUUACUACCUGAUGGUAAAAUGAUUUUUUCUUGCUAUGGAAGUGAUAAAAUUCAUAUCUUCGAAACCGACGGUACUUUAGAUUUAACACUGGAUACAAAAAUGUGUACAUCUCCUUAACACUAUAUCGAGGAAACCCAAGAACUUGUCUUAACUACUGGGAAAUACAACCCAUGCAUUACGUUUAUCAAUAUGAAAAGCAAAAAACAAACUGAGAGAUCGAUGAGUUUUGGGACAAAUAUUUAUGGAAUAGUACACAAAGAUGGAAAAUUGUUCUGUAAUGGUCGCGCAGAUGGGCUGUCUGUUCUAAAGUUAGAAGACAACUCUAUUACGAAAUUAGAUAACGGUCCAUUGCCUCAUUUUAGCAGCAUUGCAAUAUGGUCUGAUAAACUUUAUUUCAUAAACGGAAAUAAUUCAGUAACAUGUUGUGAUCUUCAAGGAGGCGUUGAAUGGCAAGUAGAACUUCCACAAUAUCUUAGACAGCCACGUGGUAUUACAAUGGACAACUACGGGCGUGUUUAUGUAUCGGGUUAUGAAUCUAACAAUGUCGUCGUAAUUUCAUCAGAUGAAAACAAUCAUCAAUUAUUGUUGUCAGAGAAAGAUGGUCUUAGAAACCCACAGACUCUAUGCUUCGAUCGAAAUAAUAACAUGUUACUUGUUGCGAAUAAACAGAAUUACGCAUUUCUUUAUAAAGUUUCAUGUUGAAUUGAUACAAUAUCAAUGACAUUAGCUUAUUAUGUAUAUGUUCGUAAUAAAAACAUUCAAAUACUGUA